AAUAUAUUAUUGUAAAGAGGGCUACCAACCCCAAGGAAGACCCAACAAGAAAAAUGAAGCCUUCUUCCGCAUUAAAACCAGUUGCACUCCUCGUAUUCACUUUCUCCAUCACCAUUUUCACAAUACUCCUCUCUUCUCCUUCUCAAGCAACCAUCGAUUCGAAAUCAAUGGCCUCUCGAAGCUUCAUCUUAUGGCUACACGGUCUAGGUGACUCCGGUCCAGCCAAUGAACCCAUCAAGACGCUCUUCACCUCGUCUCAGUUCGCCAACACUCGUUGGUCUUUCCCUUCUGCUCCAUCUCAACCUGUUACCUGUAAUUAUGGUUCAGUGAUGCCUUCAUGGUUUGACAUUCACGAGAUACCUAUAACAUCUAGUUCCCCUACGGAUGAAAGUUCGUUGCUUAAAGCAGUUCGGAAUGUGCAUACGGUGAUUGACAAGGAGCUGGCUGCUGGAAUUGACCCUAAGAAUGUGUUUAUCUGUGGAUUCAGUCAAGGAGGGGCGUUGACCUUGGCUAGUGUUCUGUUAUAUCCAAAAACACUUGGAGGGGGUGCAGUUUUUAGCGGAUGGGUUCCUUUUAAUUCAACUACUUUAAUUGAACAGAUCACGCCAGAGGCCAAAAGGACACCAAUAUUGUGGUCGCAUGGUAUAGCUGAUGGAACAGUGUUGUUUGAAGCUGGACAAGCGGGCCCACCAUUCCUUCAACGGGUUGGCAUUAAUUGUGAAUUUAAGGCUUAUCCGGGUCUUGCCCAUUCAAUAAACAAUCAGGAGCUCCAAUACUUGGAAUCAUGGAUCAAAUCUCGUUUACAAACAACUUCCUCCUCCAACUAGAAAACAAAAAAACAAACAAAGCUUAAGAUUUAUUAUAUUUCCCCUAUACACGGAAGACUGCUUCUUCUGAAUGGUGAUGUGGGUUCUUCUUCGAAUAUUGUUUGGAAGUCCAAAUCCAUUUAGAUCUUUGAAUUUGCGAAAUCUUUUACAACUUAACAAUUUGUGGACGAUGAAUUUGUGAUAUUGAUUGGACACAAUCCAAAUCAGAAUAAAUACACUCUCAACAAA